AUACCCGACAACAGCUCGUACGAAAUGUAUGUGCUCCACAAGGCUCCCCAGCUGCGGUACGUCUUCAUUGAGCACAAUGUAAAGGUGAAUCUGAUCCACAUCGAAAAAUGUGCCUUGGUCAGUGUACCUAGAACGAUCCGCAAUGCGCCGCGUCUGCUGUGUUUGAUUAUAAGGUCCUGCCGCAUAAAGCAUCUAGAUCUGAACGAUUUGGUACAGCUGCCGGCGUUGCGUGAUCUCGACCUAAACCACAACCAGAUAGUGUCGAUAGUGGAGCUUCCUGCCGGUGUGGUACUUCCUAUUAAUAGGCUUUAUCUUACUCACAACAAAAUACGUCACGUGGACCGGAAUGUUUUGCACGCACUAAAAGAGCUCCACUGUCUGGUGCUGGACAACAACCGGAUAGAGGAGUUCCCCCCGGACCUAGCAUUGCCCGUGGUGGAAGAGCUGUCCAUACGUCACAACAAGCUCGCAACGCUUAACUGCACCAGCUGGCAGAUGCCUUAUAUGAGGUAUCUCUUCUGCAACAACAACCGCCUUACGUCGGUUCCGAUCGAAUGGCAAACGAUGUGGCGGAUGGACAUGCUAGAUCUCUCGUUCAAUCGGCUGCACAGCUUCCGCAUGGACGAUAUCUACCUCACCCAGCUGCGGGAUCUGAAUCUGGCCGCUAACGAACUGGCGAGUGUAACCACCGCCCAGAGACAUUUGCGCGUUCCACUCGAGCGACUGCAGCUAGCCCACAACCGGCUCACCGUGCUGGACAUUUCCCGCUGGGGUAUGCCAAACUUGUGGGAGUUGGAUGUGGAUCACAAUCAGCUGACGGAGCUGGGCGAUGCUUUCAUGCGAUUCCCCGCCAUGGACCAAAUGAUGAUUCUGCGCUAUAACAAUUGGUCUUGCGCCUGGUUAAAACGUGUCCAUCCGGAUGAUUUGGUGCGCAGAAAUUAUGGUUGUUUGGCAACGAACCAGAGUUGUCCCGAGGGAAGACUAAUGGUGCAGGAGAAUGCUUGGAUCUGCUGUUGGUGAGGUAGCAACCGAU